AUAUGAAAUUUAUGAGUUAGGAAAAAGUAAGGAUCUCUGUGCUUGUUUUGGUUUGUUUAUUGAGAGUUUUGCAUGGUUAUUCAUUUGAUAAUUGAUAAUUUAAAACAUGGACGGGAAUUCAGGUUCAAAGUCGACGACACCUCUUUUAUCUUUAAAUGACCGGAACUCCGCCGAACACGACGGUCGGAGAACCCAAAUUAUUCGCCGGAACUCUGUUAACUCUAUCAGAUCCGCUUUCCUGUCCAUGCUUCCUGAUAAGGUCCGUUCUAGCCUCGACUCUGAGUCUCCCUUCGACGUUGAUCUCUCCAACGCCACCGCCUUAAGCCAAGGGGAGAAAGAGUACUAUGAAAGACAAAUUGCGACUCUGAAGUCGUUUGAGGAAGUGGAUACUUUGGUUGAAUCUGAUUGCAUUGAUGAGGAUGAUAAAGAGGAACAGGCUCAACAAGAAAGAGCAAUGAAGAUCUCAAAUUAUGCAAAUGUUGUUUUGUUGAUUUUGAAGACUUAUGCCACGAUAAGGAGUGGGUCAAUAGCUAUUGCAGCUUCAACUUUGGAUUCUCUGCUUGAUCUCAUGGCUGGUGGCAUACUUUGGUUCACUCACCUAUCAAUGAAGAACAUAAAUAUAUAUCAGUAUCCCAUUGGAAAGCUGAGGGUGCAGCCAGUUGGCAUAAUUGUUUUUGCUGCUGUCAUGGCCACACUUGGUUUUCAAGUGUUAUUCACGGCCAUAAAACAACUAAUAGAAAACAGUCCUAGUGAAAAGAUGACAAGCGAACAAUUAAUAUGGUUGUACUCUAUCAUGAUAUUUGCAACAGUGGUGAAGCUUAUACUCUGGUUUUACUGUAGAAGCUCAGGAAACAAGAUUGUUCGUGCCUAUGCAGAUGAUCAUCACUUUGAUGUUGUAACAAAUAUAGUUGGAUUAAUUGCGGCUAUUCUCGGUGAUAAAUUUUAUUGGUGGAUUGAUCCGGUAGGAGCUAUUUUGCUUGCAAUUUACACUAUCUCAAAUUGGUCUCGCACUGUCAUGGAAAAUGCAGUUUCACUUGUGGGACAAUCUGCACCUCCUGAAGUUUUGCAGAAACUGACAUAUCUAGUUCUACGGCACCCUGGAAUUAAACGCAUAGACACAGUCCGCGCAUACACAUUUGGUGUUUUAUAUUUUGUGGAGGUAGACAUUGAACUUCCAGAAGAAUUACCUUUAAAAGAAGCACAUGCAAUUGGAGAGACUCUACAGAUAAAGCUUGAGAAACUUCCAGAAGUCGAACGAGCAUUCGUUCAUCUAGACUUUGAGUGUGAUCACAAACCAGAGCACUCGGUUCUGAGUAAACUACCUAACAAUCAGCCUUAAGCACAUUUUACCAUUUUGUGAAUAAGAAAUUCAACUGAAAAGUGAAAAUGUAAAAGAGCAUGAUCUAGUUCUAUUGGCCAAUUACAAAGUUUUGACAGUUUCAUUAAUUCAAUAGCUCUCAUUUUGCAAUAACACAUGGUGUAUUUAUGGUUUUUUUUUAGAACAUGUGUAUUUAAGGCUA